CCGGCAGACAUAUUGCUUUCAGGAGCAAAUUCUGGAAAGCUACAAGAGCGAAAGGAUUUAAAAUCGAUUCAAUUCUACACGACGUGAGGCACACCCAUCACAUAGGACACAAUGGAACCGUCAGCCAGUCCGGCCAAGGAUAACUACAGGAUGAACCGCUACAAGAACAAAGCCCUCAACCCAGAAGAGAUGAGGCGUAGGAGAGAGGAGGAGGGCAUCCAGCUCAGGAAACAGAAAAGAGAACAACAGCUCUUCAAAAGGAGAAAUGUGGACAUUCUCAAUGAAGAAGCAGCCAUGUUUGAGAGUCCACUGGUGGACUCAUAUCUCACCUCCCCUGUAACAGAAGGAGUCAUCACCAGAGACAUGGUGGAGAUGCUCUUCUCAGAGGACCCAGAACUCCAGCUCACCACAACACAAAAGUUCAGAAAAUUACUUUCCAAAGAGCCCAACCCACCCAUUGAUGAGGUUAUAAACACGCCUGGGGUAGUGGAGAGAUUUGUUGAGUUCCUGGAGAAGAGUGUCAACUGCACAUUACAGUUUGAAGCAGCCUGGGCUUUGACCAACAUAGCGUCGGGCACAUCCAUGCAGACGAAGACAGUGAUUGAAGCCGGAGCAGUGCCAAUCUUCAUAGAACUUCUUAACUCUGACUUUGAGGAUGUCCAGGAGCAGGCGGUGUGGGCCUUGGGUAAUAUUGCUGGGGACAGUGCUGUGUGCAGGGACUACGUGCUGAACUGCAACAUCCUUCCACCACUAUUAAUGCUUUUGACCAAAUCCACAAGACUGACCAUGACUAGGAAUGCAGUGUGGGCUCUGUCGAACCUCUGUAGGGGAAAAAACCCUCCACCUGUCUUUGAAAAGGUGUCACCCUGUCUGCCAGUGCUGUCCAGGCUUUUAUUUAGCAGUGACCCAGACCUGCUUGCAGACGCCUGCUGGGCCCUGUCCUACCUCUCAGACGGCCCCAAUGACAAGAUCCAGGCUGUCAUUGACUCUGGCGUCUGCAGGCGCCUCGUAGAGUUACUCAUGCACACUGACUACAAGGUGGCUUCCCCUGCCUUGAGAGCUGUAGGAAACAUUGUCACUGGAGAUGACAUUCAAACACAGGUGGUGUUGAACUGCUCAGCUUUGCCCUGCCUGCUGCACCUCCUCAGCAGUGCUAAAGAGUCCAUCCGCAAAGAGGCAUGCUGGACCAUUUCCAACAUCACCGCAGGAAACAGAGCGCAGAUACAGACGGUGAUUGAUGCCAACAUCUUCCCAGUGCUGAUUGACAUCCUGCAGAAAGCCGAGUUCAGGACCAGGAAAGAGGCAGCCUGGGCCAUCACCAACGCCACCUCCGGGGGAACACCAGAGCAGAUCAGGUAUCUGGUGAACCUGGGUUGUAUCAAGCCGCUGUGUGACCUGCUGACAGUGAUGGACUCCAAGAUCGUGCAGGUAGCUCUGAAUGGCCUGGAGAACAUCCUGAGGCUGGGCGAGCAGGAGGCCAAGCAGGAGAACAGCGGCACCGGGGUCAAUCCCUACUGCAGCCUCAUUGAGGAGGCCUAUGGCCUGGACAAAAUCGAGUUUCUUCAGAGCCACGACAACCAGGAGAUCUACCAGAAGGCCUUUGACCUGAUCGAGCACUACUUCGGGGUGGAGGAGGAGGAUGCCAGCCUGGCCCCUCAGGUGGACCAGGCCAACCAGCAGUUCCUAUUCCCCCAACAGGAGGCUCCCAUGGAGGGCUUCCAGCUAUAACUCCGUGCCCCCACCCCCUUCCUCUUCCACCUCCUCCAAAAUACACCAUUUUCCCCCUCUCCAUAUCACAGAGGGCCCCCACCAGAUGCCAGAGUCAUACCUCUAUGCCCACGUCCCCUUUACUGAUCUACCACUAUCCGCUUAAAUACCCACCCACCCUAAGAUGGGGGGCUAAAACUGUGUACCCUCUCACCCUGUCCUGAUCUCCAUCCUACAAAAUAUGCCCCCCUCCUCCCUUCCCAUCCAGUGGUCUGGCUUGUUUCUAGCAAUGCAGACUCAUCAGUUACCUGACCGUGAAGAGAGCGGCACACAAACUCCAUUAACGGUUAUUCGAGGAAAUAAUCACCUCAAAGCCCAAAGUGAGUCGGCCCUGGCUUAAAACGCACAUAAAGACAUCUUUCUGCCAUUUGACCCCUGACUUUUUUUUUUUUCUUAGGCAGGGGUGAUGGUUUCUUGGUUAAUAUCUUUAUAUCUAUUUUCACUUUAUUUUAUUUUAAUUUUUUUCUCAAUAUGGGACAUUCCUGUUUUGAGGAUUACCCAUGCAAGCCCACGCAGAGUCCGUGGGUUGGAGUGCAUGAGGUGGAAUAUGUCCAGCUCUUGAUGUCAGUGUGACCUAGUGCAAUUCCAAAAAAAAAAAAAAAAAAAAAAAAAUGCAACCUGUAAAAUUAUUAUAUUUUGCCCUUUUUUGUUUUAUGAUUAGUUAUUACCCUAACCCUUAUUUAUCUGCUCCUUUUUUAGUGAUUGCCUGAUUUUUUUUUUUUUUUUUUUUUUUCCCGUUCUGGAAAGUACCUGGUUUGCUAUCAAGAGGCGCCAUAAUCUCUAGACUUUGGGCUGGUCUCUUCUAAUCUCUACAUAAUAAAAGAAUACAUUUGCAGUAUCCAGAGACUACACUAUCCCUUGGUGGUGUUUCUAUUAGAUACAUGGAAGUCCACUAAAAGUCAAGGGUGAUCUACAGCCUUGAGUCUGACGCCCGAGUUAAGAGAUGUGAAUUAUUUUAUUUUUCCAUCUGGCAACACUUUUCCCUCUCUUGCUUUUGAUGACUGGGUCAAAUUGGGGAGGGUGGGGGUGGUAGGAAGCAUACAGAUGCAGGAAAAUAAUUCUCUGGGCUUAGGCUCUAAAUGGGAUAUUGGAAAGGGAAUUGGGUAUGAAUAGAGGAUUUACUGAAAGACAUAAAGAUGAAAAUAUCUAGGUUUCAAGGGUGGUAUAGUUAGAGAUCUAAUGUUCGUCGUGUGCUGUGUUAUUAAUAACAAUACAUUUGAAUUAUGAAGUGAUCUAACUAUUAAACAAAAGGCAUAGCUUGGGGGGUUGGGGGGGCAAGCAGCAGCAAACCAAACUUAUUUUUAUAUUCAAGUACAUACAAAUAGCAACUUAUGUAGAUUUGGCUUUCAAGGGAUUGCAACUAUACAAACUAGGGCAAACCAUCUCUUAAGUUUCAUGCAUGUCAUAGAAACUUCACGAGACAAGAAAAAAUUAUAUUUUUGAUUUUCUUAUUCCAUUGAAGCCUGGUGUAAAUAGGUUGCUGCUGGUUAGCGAGGCCCUGCGUCGCCCCCCCCAGUGUAUGCAGUAGGGUUUUUGCAUGGUGUUUUAUUACCCUACCCAGAGUCACAGAGUAUCCCUGGCCAAACACGCAGACAAUUGGCACAGAGAGGUAGAGAACAGUGAAGAAACGUCAUAAUACAGUGCUACACGCUGCUUGGUGGUUCCUUAUUGCAGCAGUGAGAGGCAGAAGGAAGGAACUGGGCCAUAACUAGUUGGUUUUGCUGGUAUUUAACAGUGAUAGUGUAGUGAUGGUGGUGGUGUCUUGUAUAGCGGUAGAGUUGAUAAUCUAAGCUUUGACAUUCUGUAUCACUGUAUUGUGAGGAGUUGGAAUGACAACUGAUAAUGAUGUUGCAUGGGUCCAUAUGUAGGUAUUGAUGUAAAUAGCCUAUCCUUCUCUGCCUGACCAGGAAAAGUGUAUGACACCUUUUUUUUUUUCCUUUCUCAUGGGUCUAGUAACAACCAGGGUUUGGCUAGGGAUAUGUCUCAAGACAAGUGACAAGCCUAACCACAACAGAAAUUCUAGAGAUAUAAAUAUAUACAUAUAUAUAUAUCUUUGCGCACACACUUCAUGCACACUUGCAUACAACACCAGCAGACACUGUACACACACCUCACACAGAUGAGUGGCUAGUAAGUGGAAAUGGUUUCUGUAAUCUGUAACAAAAGUAGUAGUUUUUUUUUUUUUUUUUCUAUUUCAAAGUUUGCUCUUAUUCAGAGGUUUAAAAUUGAUGUUUUCGGUUUUUUGAUUCAGCACACAUUUUCUUUUAUGGAAAUGGCGCACUAUGGCGUUAAACAGUGCUCGUAUUUGAUUUUGUUUUGAGUAAAAUUACAAUGAAAAGUGACAGAUUUCUGUUCUUGUAUUUAAAAACUACUCGGUGCACACCUGGGUCUUACGGAAACCUUUUUCAGUUCCUAGCCAUAUGACUUAAGAUGGUUUGAAUUUGCCCCGUAAACCCUGAUCUUGGGUCAGCUUUGCAUCCCACCAAUCCACACCUGAACAGUCAGGCCCUGGUGAGGCCAAGCUGAUCUUGGAUCAGUGUUGGAGGGGCUGUGGAUGGAGCUCGCAGCUCAAAACUGUGGUAGUGUGAUGUUUGACUGACAGGCACUGUGUGAGGAAGAGAUUGAUUGACUCUAUUACUAUGUCCCAGUCAGAGUCUGGGAGCCCCUGUUCUGUGGAUUAACCAAGCGGCCCUACUGGCCAAGAGAAUGGCUCAGCUCAUGAAGUACUAAGAAAUGCAUCAGAACAAUAUCUGCUUGUUCUUUGAUCAGGCAGGUAUUGGCUCUAAGUUGGUAGCAGACUAUAGGAAAUCUUGUAACUGAUGCAUUUAAUUAUUUGCUAGGACAUGCCAUCUUUCUUGAAUGCAUAUACCCACUGCCUUAUCUUUUUCCAUUUGAUCUGUUUCAGUUUCAUAGUUUUACCUCAGCCUGUACCUUCCUGUGACUGCCCCAGUGGUACUGUGCAGACCAUUACAGUGCAGAUUGUUGCGUCUAAAUGCAAAAGGUUUACAGAAUAUCAUUGAUGGACAGAGAAGCACAUUACAUCGAGGCUCUCUGCUUUUGCUUCAUGAGUUGAAAAGACAUCCACAGGACACGUGCGCUCCCAGCAAACACGAGGUGAUAAAAGCAUUUGUAAAAUCAAGAAUUGAGCGACAAGAACUUAAUCUCUACAUCAUAGCGUGUAGAGCAGCAUUUAUAUCAGAGGUCUUCGAUCUUAUGUCUACAUCUGCGCGCGGCCUACAAAGAACGCCAGAAUGGUGACAUAGAAAAAAAAAUCAGUAUCAAACACGAAAAAAUAUUUAUAUGCGAAAUGAAAAUGCACUCCUAUUCACUAAAGUGCCAAUCCGACCAACAAAGACUGGAGGUUCAUAUGUAUGUCUUUGACUUACAGAAUUUUUUUUUUCCUUUUUAUUUUUUCCUUUUUGUACUUGAAUGUGCACACAUUUUGUGCAAAACAUUGCUGCUCUACUUUUCCUUAUCUUUAAUGUUACAUUACUUGCCAUUGUUUCUUUCGAGAAGUGGCAUUCUUUACUAUGUGGGCACCUAAACAAGGAAUUGAAUCCAAAAAGAGGAGUAUAAUUGUCAAGGGGAUAAAGGACUUGAUUAACUGAAUCAUACUGGUCUAUCUAGCUCCUUGCUGUCCCUCGGUGUCAAAUAGGCUCCCUGCGCUUACGGUCUUCUCACCUUAAGUGGUUUUCACUGUGCAUGGCUCAGGCUGCAAAUGUGUUGUCCCAAGAAGUAGCUUCAUUUGAUGGAUACAGUAUCAGGCAUUAAGACUGCAUUAAGAAAUUCAGAGGUAGUGUUUAUAGCCUGCAGCCAGUCCCUCUGGCAUGCAGAUGGAUGAUAGAAAUAUGCUUUUAGUCAGUUCAUAUGUGGCACAAGAUCAUUUGGAAAGUUACAUGACUAUCAUAGCAGACAAUUGCAGGUACUGACCUUGAUGUCAAAGUUGUCAAAGCUCACCAAAGUUUAUAUGAAACUUUUUUUUUUGGAUCCUUUUGAAGGCUAAGAAAAAAUAUUGACUUGAAGAUUCUUUUUUAAGUUUUGUGUCAAAAGGCUCUAAUAUGUUGACCCAGUCAGUAGAUGACUGUGAGGUUGCUUCAGGCCAUUUAGACCUGCUUCUUUUCAGUGGAAGCUAUGAUAGGUUAGUUCCUCACCUCAGUUUUUUUUUUUUUUUUUUUUUUUCUCCUCUCAAAAUCCUAGUGGUCAAGAAGUUAGAAAAUGUUCAAAAGAACCAAGACAACUGCAAUAAAUAUUGUCCAAAAUCAGACACCCCUGAGGCAGAGACCAAUCUUGAAGCUGCCUUCAUAGGCCGCACUCCUUCCACUGGGUGGAGUUAACAGAGGCAACUACUUAACAUUUUUCUAAGAUAAAAUCUGGGAUUCAGAGAUUGUGCGGUGAUUUACAUUAAAAACUAUAACCAGUGAAACUAUGUAUGUUCUGAUACAUUGACAGGGAUUCUGAUGCAUUUCUAAUCACUUCUGAGAAGUGGAGAAAAGCUUCAUCAGAACACAUAACCACCACCAGGAAGAAAAAAAAGGUGGUGGAGGAUACAAACUUUUUCUGCUUUUCUUGAUCUUUUUACCUGAUCAGAAUAUUCUGGGCUAUAUUUUUGGAUAAUUAUGUUUAGAGUACAAGUUUGUCCUAGUCAGGCUGUAUGAUCAGGAAAUGAUCAGGAACCUGUUAUCUAUAGGGGGUUCAACAGAAAUCAGUAAAUAUCUCAAAUCUGACUUGUCUUCCGUCCUUGAAACUGUUCUUGUCUAUAUCAAAAUCUAAAGCCAUGCUUGGCUUGGUCAAGUAAUGUUGUCUAUGCUACCAAUGUUUACAAUGCUACAUGUUUGUAAAAUAUUUUUCAUAUGCCAUCACUGACCAGUCCUGGUGUAUUCUCUGCUCUGGUCCUCUCAUUUCUUUCCUUUACAUUUAUUUAUUUCUCAAUCUUAUUUUUAAUGUUCAUUUGCUCACAAUUACCCAUCUUAAACUGUGACUUGACUUGACUUUACCGACGGUAUGAAUGAGUGACGAGAAACUGAUACACUUCAACUGAACAUGACACGCAAACAUGAACAUGAAAAAAUACAAACAUACAAAAAACAUUAACAAUAUUAGAAAUGUAAAGAAAAAAUAUUGAAUUUGAAGUUGUUCAGUGGGAAUACUGUACAAUACAAAUAAAGUUAUGUUGCAACCCUUUAA